GCUUUGCCCCUCGUCGAAGUUUCCCGGUCCAAGGGCCUUCACAAGGCCAGUACCCGGAAACUAGUGCUUCUAGACGUCUAUCGCAUCCUUUGCCCCUUUGAACUAUUGCCCACAGAAGGCAUUGUCCUGCUACAAUGGGCCGCAAACCCGUUCCGCAGCCGUUGAAGCUGCCUAACUCUUCUUCCACUUCAGCUCAAGACCGACAGCCGCCGUCGAGCGAAACUGUUAGAGUCGUCCCUCCUCCUAGCUCGGCCUCACACUCCUCGCCGCGAACGCCCAUGUCCCCUUUUAGCAGGUUCUCGCCGAAAAAGGCUCAAUCCAUCUCUACCCACGCCUCGCCAUCACCCUUGGACACCGCCGAACAAUCUUCGCGAUCAAAGUCGCGAUCCCUAGAAGACUACGACGACGACGACGACGACGACGACGACGACGAAGAAGAAGAAGAAGAAGAAGACACGCAGCAAUACUCCCACAUUACAUCUGCAUUGUACCAACCCUCGGAGACGCCAACUCGGCCGAACCACCAGCAUAAGCCAUCUCAGCCGCAUCAACAGCAGCAGCCACAACAACAGCCCGGCACUGCUGGGCCCCAGGUGCACCACCGUGAGCCGAACAGGCCUUCCAAAAGCGGCUCCUUCUUUAACUUCACCAAGGGUAACGGUAAACCCGGCCACCAUCAUUCAUCAUCUAAAGGCGACCUCAUGUCAAAGAACCCCGACUCGUCGGCCAACGCUUCUAGUAACAAAGCUAACAAUAAGCUUGCAAAGAACUCAGACAAAACUCAGGCGAAUCAUUCUCUACACCAUCCCACCGAGUCUCUGCCCGACUCGUCAUUAGCCUCCGCCAGUACACUUCAAGAACCUCCUUCCUCUUACCAAUCCUCCUCGAAGAAGAGCAAACCAAAGCCAUUUUCCCGCCUUCAUCGCACCAAAUCUGGUCGCGAUAAAGAUAACCCGAGCCCUCUCGAUUCUCAUACCACAGCCGUCCCUGUGCCAACUAGGGUCGCAGAACCCGAGAAGGCUCAUCCCCUUACGAAUCACAAUACGGGACUGAGAACGGCGCCUGUGGGAACUGAUCGCUCUUUCCGAGAUAUGAUGAGCUCGGCAGCUCGCAACCGCUCGGAGGACCGGGCGCCUUCCAGAGACAAAGAAGGCAGGGACAAACCCGCGCCUACGUCGUCGCUCCGCGAAAACACGGGGUUCUUUCAUGGCCUUCGCAAUUCGUCGACCAAAGCAGCAGACAUGAUUAGCAAGGGCCUGUUUGGAAAGAGCAUGCGCAGUGCUAGCAGCACAGAGCGCGAGCCCCUUGUCGACGACGAGCACUAUGUCCCCAAGGUCAUCAACCUUCCUCUGGUCGAGCAGACCCGCCUGACGCGCAUCUCGAAACGGCUUGAGGACUCGAGAGACAAGACCGAGUUUUGGAUGCCCGCCUUUCCGUGGCGCGCGAUUGACUACCUGAAUUACAAAGGCUGCGAUGUUGAAGGUCUCUACAGAGUACCGGGGAGCGGUCCGCAGAUCAAGAAGUGGCAACGACGUUUUGAUGAAGAAUACGAUGUCAAUCUCUUCGAGCAGGACGACCUGUAUGAUAUCAACAUUAUUGGUUCUAUGCUCAAGGCUUGGCUUCGCGAACUCCCCGACGAGCUCUUCCCCAAAGAGGCCCAAAAUCGAGUAGCCAGGGAAUGCGCUGGUGCGCAGAAGGUGCCCGAACUACUGGUCGAGGAGCUCUCGAACCUCCCCCCGUUCAACUACUACCUUCUCUUCGCCAUUACUUGCCAUCUGAGUCUCCUGCUUGCCCAUUCGGACAAGAACAAGAUGGAUUUCCGCAACCUCUGCAUUUGCUUCCAGCCGUGCAUGAAGAUUGAUGCCUUCUGCUUCAGGUUUUUGGUGUGCGACUGGCGUGACUGCUGGCGAGGCUGCAAGUACGAGGCCAAGUAUAUCGAGGAAGAGUACCAGCUUUUCGAUCUGCCUCCUCCCCAAAGCCUGUAUGGAUCCCAUGCCUUGCUUUCCGAGCAGCAGACCCCUCAAGAUGCUCUGACCAAGCAGGCCUCUCGAGGUCGCCCCGAGGCCCAGGAGUCAGGCGAGGAUGCAGAGGAACGGCAGCAACCUGCCCUCGUAAUCACCGACGAGCGGGCCGUUUCUUCUUCAGCCAGUAGCAAGCAAUCAAACCUUGGCUCCAAGCAGACGGAGGAGACUCAUGAACGGCCUAAGCCGCCAAAGUCGCGGUUCGGGAAGAAGCCGCUCCAGCUGCAGGAUGCGAAUGGUAGUGGAGGCUCCAACGCGACUGCUGACUCGACUGCGUCCGCGACCUUGACCCUCAGCGGUGAUCAGUUCGAGACGCCAAAGCGCACCACGGAAUUGCGGCCGCUGUCGCCUAUAAAGCCAUUGUCGCCGCUCGGUUUCUGACGCUCUAUAUUACAUACCCUCCUGCGCACGAUUAUUUCUUUUUUUUUCCCCCUCAAUACCCUAGGCAGCAUUGCGUGUACUUGGGCCGGCCCUUUGUUUCUUCUUUUUUCUUCUUCUUUUUUCCUGACGACCUUACGCUGUUGACGACUUUUGCACCAUUUGUUCACCCCUUUGCGAAACCGGUUUGCUUUUUUUCGUUAUUUGCCGGAAAAAAUCCCUCGGCGAAAGGCUGCAUACC